UUAAAUGAAUGCGCAACAUCUCAAGAAUAUUCAGUCAAAAUUUCAAGUCGAUCGGAGCAAAAGUAAAGAAGUUAUGAACGCUUGAAGGACCGUUGUUCCGAGCCGUAUUUCUCUACCCGCUCGACCGGUGUGCGGCGCGCUGACGUGGCACUCUAUUGUAUUCAUUCCUAAUCCCUAAAUUCCUUUAUUGCUGAAAGCAUCUUUUCAGGUAGCCUUGUGAGCAUUGAAAACAUGGUAUAUACAUCAGUUGCUCGCUGUAUGUCGUGUUGAACGGUAGAAAAUGCCUCGAAAAGUGACUAGAGAUGAUCGUAAAUACGGCAAAAAGUAUUUGAACCGAGCAAAAAAAAUAAUACCGCCACAAAAGCGUAAAAACGAUGAAGUAACAGCUGGCAGCUCGUCGUCGAAAAAAAUUAAAAAUCGUCCCGCUAUUGAAAUAGAAGCUAUAAAGUUCUGGAAGCCAUGAUGCCCAUUUAUGAGGACUUGAGCAGGGACGCACUGUUGCAGCGAUGUCUUGGAGGUUUUACACAAAACAAUAACGAAAGCCUCAAUCAGCUAAUAUGGAAAAUCUCUCCAAAGGCAUACAGUGGAACCUCUACAACCGUACAAAUUGCAGCUAAUGUGGCUGCUUGCACUUUUAAUGAAGGUUCUAUUGCCCUGUUGGCCUUCAUGGAAGAGAUGCACAUCGGUACAGGCCCUAGUUCUCAUGAAUGGGCGCGACAAGUUGACGAUUUGCGAAUUACUAGAGGAGGCGAGAAGGCGGCUCACGACAGUAAAGAAGGGAGAGUUUCGCGGAGACAAACACAAAAAGAUGCUCUGGAUCUUCUGGAUGAAAGCGCCUUGCUGUAUGGACCUGGUAUCGACGAUUCUGUAUGAUUCUACUACGAGUUAUGAUGAUCACCGCCAAACCACUUUUUUUAGGAGCGCCUUCGGAAAUUCGUUGUCACUCGCGUAUUUUUCGAUAUUUUUCGAUGAAAAUUUAGCAAGCUACUCUUCAAAUGUUGUAUUAUUACAUGGAAAUUGAAUAAAUAAAGUAACAUUAUCUGUUUCGCCAA